GCGACUGAUGUCGUAAAGUGAGAGAGAGUGAAGAUGACAGGACUGAAUAUUCAUCCGCGGAAGAGUUUGUUAACAGUAUAUUGUUUAACUAUUGUUUUAUUUGGUCAGCCGAUAUCUACUCUUGCCUCAAGUUCAAGCUCAUCGACUCAACUGGAAAAGGAUGGUUCCUCUUCUGAAAACAGGUUGGCGUUUCUUGACGUUAUAUUGGAUGGAUAUGAUAAAAGAGCGUGUCCGACCUAUGGUGAAGGAAAACCAACAGAUGUGAAGAUUAACAUGUAUGUGAACAGCUUAGGCUCUAUCAGUGCUGCCAGCAUGGAAUACAUUGUAGAUAUUUAUCUACGGCAAUCAUGGCUUGACCCUCGGCUUGACAUUCGACCUCUUGGAUUGAAUUCAACAGUUACUUUAAACGGUGAAGAUAUCAUUACAAGAAUCUGGAAGCCUGACCUCUUUUUUCGAAAUGUGAAAGAAGCCAACUUCCAUAUGGUUACAGUGCCCAACUUUCUAAUUAAACUAUCCCCGGAUGGACAUAUUUUGUACAGUAUGAGACUUACCCUUCGUCUUUCUUGUCAUAUGUCAUUUCGGCAUUAUCCAUUGGACACUCAGCGUUGCCAUGUGAUUUUUGGCUCCUAUUCUCAGAGUGUUGAAAGCAUGACUAUAUCUUGGAUGGAUAAUGCUGUACUACUUGAUCCUAACCUAGAAAUUUCAGAGUUCGAAGUGGAGUCUGUAGAUCCAAAAGGACCUGUUUUUGAAAACUAUAACGAUGUAGGGUUGUUCAGCUAUUUGAACGUGACUUUUGUUCUGAAGAGACAGAAUGGCUACCAUAUGGUUCAGACCUACUUGCCGACUUUCCUGAUUGUUACCAUUUCCUGGGUUUCUUUCUGGUUGAAUGUGGAUGCUGUUCCAGCUAGGGUCACGCUUGGCGUGACGACCCUUCUGACCUUGACCACAGUAGCUUCUGGAGUGAGGACCCAACUUCCACCAGUUUCUUAUGUCAAAGCUAUUGAUGUAUGGAUUGGAGCAUGCUCUGUAAUGGUGUUCGGUGCACUUCUAGAGUUUACCCUGGUGAACUACCUGUCCCGGAGUAGGAUGAAAUCAGAACACCUGAAGAGCUUCAGAUUUUUCUGUCGGAACAAACAAGUGAUUAACAAAGAAGAAGAAGAGAAAGAAGAUGGAGAAGGUACUAACAAGAAACGUAUCUCUUCUGCUAUGUUGAAAAACUUGCAACACGCCAAGAUGGUUGACAAAGUGUGUCGAAUCUCAUUUCCAUUAUCUUUCUUCGUAUUCAACUUGGUAUACUGGAUCUCUUACGUGCACAUACUGGAAGAUUAAGGCCUAAUCUUCGUAUUCAACAUGGUAUACUGGAUCUCUUACGUGCACAUACUGGAAGAUUAAGGCCUAAUCUUCGUAUUCAACUUAGUAUACUCGAUCUCUUACGUGUACAUACUGGAAAAUUAAGGCUUAAUUCUCUUUUAAUAAAUCAAGUGUUGCAAUGCUUGCUUCUAAAAUAUUGAUGCUAAAAUAUUAUUUUUUUUAGAUUAUAACAAUGGGUGUUAAAAUUUAAGCUACACAAAAAAAAAUCUUAAGGAAUGAAAAUAAGCAUCGAAUCGAUUGAAUGAAAUAUAACCGCGCAACAAAAUUUCAAGAUUUUCUUUCGAUUUUAGAUGUAAUAGUUUUCCGUCAUAAAAUGUAGUUAUUCGUAACUAUGCUUAAUUAUUGUUUAUUACUUUACUGCCAAAUCUGGUGUUACGAGUGGGAACCAAAGUUCUUAGAAAGUUUAUACUUGACUUUCGAUUAAUCAUUCGUGCAGUUUAUUGUUUUAAUAUUUUUAUGAACUUUCUCGUGUAUGUGGUUUUGUAGAAAUCACCAGAUAAGGAACUCAAUAAUACGGGCGUUUUAGAAAUGAUCUCCCAAAAAGUCCAUUUUUCCGAAAGCGCUCGUGUUGUUAGUUUUUUGUUGGGAUGCUAACUUUUUCCUGUUGAUUGUGCAUGAUUUUAAAUAUCAUAAACACUUUCAUAGAAAUAUAUCCUGUGAAUAUACAUGACGUUUGAAAUUUUAUGAACUUGCUAUUUAUUGUUUUCUAACAAAAACGAGUAUGUUCACUUUAACAUCUUUGUAUUUUGUAUUGGUGGUGAAGCUACUAAUGUUAUCUUCCGCCGUUUAUAAUUUUAAACUUUUGAUCAGAGGGAAGACAGCUAGCCAGCAGCACCCUACCACUCUAUGAUUAACUGUUACUCUUAUAACGCUUGAUUGUUGAAUUUUGCUAGCCGUUCCUAAUUCUGGCAGAUCGAAUAGGAGGAUUUAAACCGUCACUCUUAUAACCCUUUUACAGCCCCUAAGUGCAGAGGAUGACUUCUUCUUUUUUUUUACGGUAACGAAGCGCGAACCAUGAACCUCAGAUCCAUAGUCUGCCAUGGGAACUAGUGGGCCUCUUACAACACAUCGGCAAAUUAAAGUGUGGAGAACAUUUGGUAGUAUCGUACAGAUUUGAAUUUGUUCGGCAGAUCCUAAAUCCAGAGCUGUACCACAUAGCCAACCUUUGCCCUGUCCACUUUAACAAAACCCUCACGAAUAACUUAGGUGCUAGGUCCAAAUGUGCUGAUCAUAAUUAUAGUUUGAUUUUACUUUUGUGUUGUCUUGUUUGAUGCUGUUAUUUGUUGGAAAUCCAAAAACAACGACGAUAAUAAAAGUAUCAGUAACAAUGUGAAUUUUCAGAGGAUAAAUAUAGGACCAUCUACCUUCAAACCCCACAGAAGAACUCGGUAAAAUAUUGAAAAGUAGUCUUGGGCAACGUAUUACUUUCUGUAAACAUAAUUUGAAAAGAAUUUUCCAUUAAAGUUAACAGAUUUGAAGAGAACUUCCCGUUAAAGUUAACAGAGUUGGAAAUAAUUUUACAUUAAAAUAACCAUAGUUGGAAAGAACAUUCCGUUAAAGUUUAUAGAGUUCAAAUGAGAAAUGUAUUCUGGAAUGUGUUUUUCCUUUCUUUCAUAUUUCGCAACCGCGUGUCACCUUUUUCUUUUUAUAUUCUUCUUUACAGUCAGAGCAGAAGAGCUUUAUUUUAAGAAAACAAAACAAAAACAAAAACCUGGAGAGGGGUAGAUGAAUAAAUGAAAAACAAAAAUAACGCUCUACAGUUAAAAAAUAUCGACAGAAGAUCAGUCAAUGUCAGCAAAGAUAAAGAUCUUAGUUAUCCAAAAGUGAAUCUCAUCGUGAAAGUAAGUCACUGACAAACAUUGAAAUCUGGAGCUCGAUCCUCGUGGUUGGCAUAGACAGAUCGCCCAUUGUACAACUUUGUGUUUAACAACAAAAAGCAAAAUUCAAAAUAAGAAAGCGUCUUCCACAAAUUGCUCGGAAGAACAUUCAAAAUCAUUUACCGCAGAACUUUGUAAACACAAAAUCCUUGUUACCGUGGCGCAUACCAUAAUAUGGUAGCUGGAACAGCCAGGAAUUGUGUGAGCCCCUUGUGUAUAGUUAAUAGCUUAUUUAAAUAAUAUCUUAUUUAAACAUAGUAUAUAUAUUGCCAGUCAUAAAAUAAGUAUUUGACAACAUGUUACAGAUAAACAUUUAACAUAUUCUUUUUAUACAUUGACUGAAGAAUUAGCAAUAUAAUCUAUUGUUCAACAUUUCCUGUGUUGCUGAUGCUGUCGUUCAAACAUAAAUAUAAUAACAGUAAACGAUUUAAAUGGUUACUUACUUUUUUUGAAGAUUGUAACUUUGAGUGCACUUUAGAAAUCACCUUUUUUCCAGAUAUCGUAAUAACGAGUUACGUUUUUCAUUACAUCUUGUUUGAUUGUUUGUCUAAACAAAUAAAGACAAUAUUUCUGAGUAACAA